AUGACGGAGCUUUGCCAGAGCGUCUCCUACCAGGCCCCUACGCAGAGCCUGAACUCGGAUCCGUUCAACGUGAGGGCAGAGGAGCUAGCCAUGCAGGACUGCUCCCUGGGAGCGGAGGUCCGAAGGACGUGGACGGAGCAGGAGCUAGUCCGGUCCUUCGGGGGCCGGAUGUCUCCGGGCACGCCUGAUGGCAUGUUCGAGACGUGGGACGGGCGGCUCACCUGUGUACAGGUCGUGCGUGUGCCACUCGUGAGGGAGGCUGACACUCCAGCAAUGCAGCAUACCCUGACUCAAACCAUCCUUAGCAAGGUUGUCAAGUCACAGACAUGGCUCCGUUUCGCGCAUGUUAUGCCCCAUGACUUCAUCAUCUUCUGCUGGCUCCCCUACCGCAUCCCGGAUGAGGUGUCUCAGCACGUGGAUGUCCUAACCUCAAGGCUUCGCGACCUUGAUGCGCGCUUCUCCGUACGCCUCCGACUGCCAGCUGAGCCGGAUGCAAUCUUUCCAGCGCUCUUCGCCAGCAACUAUGAGGAGCGGAUGAGGCUUCGGAGCCGCAGUCUCUCCGAGACAGAUGUGUCGACCUUCAUGGAGGGCGACUACCAGAACGAAGAUGAGGAUGAAGUCUGUGAGUGGGACAUCACAUGGGACUGGUCUGAGGAUGGCGGCCUAGAGCCGGGCGAGGAGCCUGCGGGCUCACGAGACAGCUCGCCGGGUGAGGAUGAUGAGGGACAGGUGUAUGAUGCAGAGCUGAGUGGAAGUUUCCUUCAGGACUCUCCUUUGGCCGAGUCAGAGGAAAUAGUCCUAGAGUGGACCCUGGCAUGGGACGACAAUGGGUGA